CAAACACUCUUCCUUUUCACUCUCGCUCCCCCGAGUCGUCUUCGCUGCUUCGUCCUCGUCCUCAUCCUGCUCCUCGACCUCGACCCCAUCCCCAUCCCCGGCGGCGCCCUCAUCAUCCCUUUUCUAGCCGGUUCCCCCGUUCAAUCCACCCACCAUCGAUUUAUUCAGCCCCUUCGUCGUGAACAUGGGUCGGACCGUCGACCAGGAAGUUCACGCGGCGUUCGUCGAGUUCCGCGCCAAGGAAGACGAUAAGUGUCUUUCCGUCCAGUGUAUCUACUGCCAGCAGAUUCGCGCAAAGAACACCUCGCGCCAGAAGCAGCACCUGCUCGAGUGCCCCGGUCUCCGCGGCCACACCAACCCCCAGGCCCAGGCCCAGUCCACCCAGUCCGCCCCGAAUGGCAUCACCGCUGCUAAUGGCUAUACUCCCACCCCCAAUGGCGCCGCGCCCACCGCCCCGGGCCCUGGCCCUGGUCCCGGUGCUCUCGCGACUCCCAACGGACCCAUGAUGUCCAACGGCGUCAACCCACAUGCUACCCCGAUGCAGACGCCGCUGCAGAACAUGCAGGGUCGCGCCUCUCUCCCGACUUCAGGCCCUGCCGGAACCGCUUCUACGGCCUCGGCCGCCCAGCAGGCCCCUCGUGCCACUCCCAAGUCCAAGCCCAAGAGCUCGAGCUCCAACCUGCCCGCCCCGCCUCUUGACGACGUCCAUGCCGCUUUCGUUGAGUUCCGUGCCAAGGAGGAAGAUAAGUGUCUGUCCGUCCAAUGCAUCUACUGCCAACAGGUCCGCGCAAAGAAUACCAGUCGCCAACGUCAACACUUGCUGGAAUGCCCUACCUAUCUCAGUGUCAUGAAAGAUUCCAUACCAGCCAACAAUCUCCUCCAUACCUUCCCCGAAGGUGAUGUGGCCCGUUCCCUGCAAAUCCCCGCCCCCACCCUGGAGCUGGACUUCCGCAUGAGUAUCAAAAUGAACCCGAAGGUGUCCGUGGGUGAGAGUAUCUGGGGUCAGCGUGACUGGGUAACAUUUGUUGGUGGUCAAUGGGCCGGUCGGUGGGGAAAAGGCAUUGUUUUGCCUGGAGGACAGGACUCGCAGGUUGUGACCAAGGAAUCAUCGACAAGUCUCCGCGCCAGCUACAUGCUUCAGACCGCCGACGAUCCUCCCGCGUAUAUUGUCGUCAAAACCAACGGUUGGUUGACCGGUGCCAAGGAUAUCCUGGACAAGGUCAACGACCCCGGCAUGGCCGACGGAAUCAAUCCCAACACAUACAAAUAUCGCAUCAACCUGUACAUGGAAACCGGCGACGAGCGUUACGCGUUUUUGAACACCCUGAUGUGGAUCGGCAGUGGCUGCCGCAGGGGCCAUGAAGUCAUAUUUGAUGCAUUCCGCGUCAACUAAUCUGCCAUCAUAUUGCACCUGUUUUGUCCGUUAUUGAGCGAGUAGCAAUUGUUUCAUGGGGAAAAUCGCGUCUUGGUUGUUUUCUAUCCACCUUUGAUUGAGUUCCUCUCUUCUGAAGUGUGGCUUGUGUAUCUAUCUCCUUAUCUGCGUGGGUUAUACCUCUAGGGAUACCUACCUCGUCAUCACUCCGUCACAGUCACGAGUCCACUUGAUGCGUUCGUUCGAGCACAUUCGAAUGUUCUAUUAUGACUUGCUUGGUUUCCUUCUAUCAGACUCCACUUGUAAGGUACCUGUUCUUUUCCUACUUCUCUUUUUUUUUUCCCUCUCCCAUUUCCUAGGAGCAGAGCAAGAUUGUCAUGAGUCUCAACUCGAUUUGUUUCUUUUCUUUUCUUUCCCCGUCGCCUAGUCGACCCUAAUACGUCAAGCAUUGAGGACACAUU